AUGCCGCUAAAUCGAACACCGCCGCCUCAUGCGCCAUCUUCGGAAGCAAACUUGAGCGUCGAACAGAAUUUAAGUGCGGACUAUGCUUGUGAGCACGAGGCCUCUGUUUGUAGUACCCCUAAAUUAACUUUUCGCAACGCAAAAAGGAGGCGCUCAGCGUCUGACGGCGGUAUUACACAUUUUAUGUCAGAAAUGAGACAAUUGUUCCAAGAAUUAAAAGCCCAGCAAUCCGAAACAAUCAAUAAAUUGUGCUCUGCAGUCGAGGAUCUUCGUUCUUCGGUCAGCUUUUUGGCGGAAAAAUAUGACUCACUUGCUUCCAAAUACGACAAGCUGGAAUCAGGUCGUAAAGAUGACCAAAAAUGUAUAAAAUUAUUGGAGGAGGCAUUAGAAAAAUCGGAGCACAGUUACAGGUCCGCUUGUCUGGAGAUAAGGAAUGUUCCCGUAAAUAACGCCGAAACCAAAGAGCAUCUUGUAAACACGGUUAUUAACACCGGCAAAGCACUUAAUUUAGAAAUACAACCAUAUGAAAUUAAAGACGUCUUUCGUAUCAAGACCAAGAUCCCGGAAAAUAAAACUAUUAUAGUCGAUUUAAACAGUGUGAUUUUAAAGGAAAAAAUUAUGUUUGCCGUCCGAAAAUUUAACAAGGGUCAAAAUAGACUAUCCACUGAACAUUUGAAAAUCACGGGACCCGCUAAGCCUGUUUUCAUAUCUGAAAAUCUGACAUCAAAAAUGAAGAGAGUUUUCUUUUUAGCCAGAGACUAUGCGAAAACAAAUGACUUUAGGUUUUGUUGGGUGUCGCACGGCAAGAUUUAUUUGCGCAAGAGGGAGGGUGGUGCUCUGUUUCGAAUCUCAAGCGAAUCUGACCUAACAAAAUUACAAAAACAAAAGUGA